GUCUAGAAGACCGUGAAAAUGGAUUGAAAAAUGUCUGCAUUUCCAUCACAAGAAAACAGACCUUUGAAGAAGCCCAGACUAGGGCCUCCUGAUGUUUAUCCUCAGGAUACAAAACAAAAAGAGGAUGAGUUGACUGCUACAAGUGUGAAACAUGGAUUUAAUAACAGCCCACCUAUUGGAUGGGAUGAGUAUGGGUCAGCAAGAAGAGAAAACAUCAGUCAGGAAAAGUUUGGGAAAGACUUCAUAUCUGUUCUCAAUAAGAAGACUGAAAUUAAUACCCUGCAAGACACAACAAAGAAGAAGCAAAUGCCAACAAAAGAUAUUUUUUGGCCGGCAGCCAAAAAUCAAGGUGCCAUGCGAGCUUGGUUUAAAGAUCUUGCUGGAAACAAACCUCUGUCAUCUCUUGGAAGAAAGGUGCCUACAUUCAACAAGAAAGAGGAGGUUUUUUCCACUCUGUGUGAGUUUGCAGUACCCAUGACAAAGGCUGCUUGGUUCAUCAAGAUGUUUGCAGCUUACAAUGUGGCUGUUCAAGAGAAAAUGAAACAACGCAGACAUUUGGUGGACCAGUCCAUGGAGUGGUGUCAGGCCAUCACAAAGUAUAUGAGGGACCAGGUCCAGAAAAUCCAGGAGCCCCACUCAGGGCCUGGGUCCACGGCGGGGUUUCUUACUGUGUCCCAGCCUGACCCCAACCAGGCCUUAAAACAGUGGCACUACACCUGUAAACUGGCAAGACAUAUGUAUGAUGAGGGACUUUUAGACAGACAUGAAUUCCUAAGUUGGCUGAUUGACCUUAUAGAAAAAAUGAAGCAAAAUGAAGAUACAGUCUUUAAACUUUUGAUGGCACAAAUAUUGCUGUACAUGGAGGAAAUAACAAGAUCUGUAAUCUUGUCCAGGAGACUGGCACACUUCUCAUCCAAAAAAAUAGCCCAGCUAUGUAAUGAAGCAGACUGCAUGCCGCCACGCACUGAGUCACCAAUGUUGACCAAUGGAUCUACUGGAAUGACCAGUAGUCAGAUAAUUACCCAGAAUCCUCUGUCUACUGUGUUUGCCCAGUACAACAACUGUCCCCAGCACCGUGGAAUAGUACUCAGCCUGUGUGCCACCCUCCAGAUCAUCACACUUCUCUGUCCCAGCUCUCUGGUCUGGAACAGCCUGGGGGACGAGAAGAGCUCCUCCUUCCUGUGUGGGUCACCCCUGGACCUGCUGCCCUGUGCCCCCUCUAGUCUGCCCAUGCCUCAGGGACCCCAGAACAUGCAGAUUCGAGCACAGAUUCGUAUGGCUGAGAACCAAGUAAGACAAAGAGGGAGAGCAGUGGAACUCAGGUGGUCCUCAGACAAAUGUCAGCAAUCGACCAAAGGGAACACUAUUACUCGGGUGUUAGAAGUCCUAGACACACUGGACAGGCAUAACUUUGACAAGGAGGACAUCUCUAAUUCUCUGGACACACUGUACCACAAAAUCUUCACUGCCACACAGACAAAGGAUAGCACUGAGGAGGAUGAAUUGUUGCCAAAACCCUUCAUCAGUGAUGAACCAAUCAUACACCUGCUGAUUGACUGGUCGGUCAGUACCAGGAGAAGUGGGAUAUACAGAGCUGUUGUGGUCGCCAAACUGUUGGAGAAGAGGCAGUUUGAGCUCAAGAAUGAGGGCCAUGCAUUGCUGUUACAUUUACAGCCACAUACAGCAGAGAUAUGUUUUGCUGGGACUUUACUUUUGCAGGACUUUGAUUCGUCUAUGGAGUGCGAUGGGGGAUUAGGGGACGAUGUUUUGGUGUCGUAUGAGACGCCUCUCUUUCAGGGGGUCCUGAUGAGUUAUCUUGAUGAUAAGGCUCCGGUAAUAGAUGAUAACCCAAAUGACAUUGACCGACAGGCUUUUGCCAAUCUCAUUCAGCUGUUCAGUGAACUUAUACGACACGACGUGUUUUCCCAUGACGCCUACAUGUGCUUUCUGAUUUCUCGCGGCGACCUUAUGUCAUCACCACUAGUGAUGAGUGCCACCACAGACUGUAUUGACUUGUCUAGCAUCAAGAGCCAGAGCGAGAGUGUCAAACAUGAGACCCAUGAUGACUUUAAGGUGGACAUCAUGGAUAUGCGUGACAUGAGUGAUAUCGGUAGUUUGUUUGGGACUGGAAAAGAUGAACAGAGAACCAGCCCAGAAGAACCAGCCUCUGUGAAAUCUGUAAUGUCAGAGAAAGAGACCCAUCAUCCCAUGUCUAAUAUGCUGAAUAUGGAGCAGCAGCCCAAGGGGCCCUCACGACAUAUGCUGUAUGCCCAGCAUUUCCCGAUUCCUUACGAAGACUCUGUUCACGAAUGUAACCAGCGUACCGUCGUCCUAUAUGGUGUGGGUAAAGCGAGAGACGACGCCAAGCACGUGGUUAAGAAAAUCAGCAAAGAAGUUCUGAAGAUGUUCAGCAAGAAGAACUGUGUGGACAUCAUCAGUGGAGAACUCGGUCGGGUUAAAAAACGCAAGGAGAAAGAUGCAAGUGAUUCUCUGUCAAACGUCAGCAUGAACUUUGAGAGUGUGUUUGAGGGCAUUUUUAACAAGUUUCAGAAGUUGUCUUUUCAUGACCAGCACUUUGUGACCGCCCAGUGCAGGAAUCUAGUGUUGGAUGAGAUAAAGAAUUUCACCACAUGCAAUUCCUUUUACCUCCCUUUGGUAGAAAAUGUCUCAUAUCUCUUUGACCUGAUGGAAUAUUCUUUGAAUAUCUAUGGACUGUUGGAUUUUUCUGUACAGCUUUUGAAGGAGCUGAGUAAUGUAGAGGAGGCCCUGACUGACCAGAAGUCCAGCUUGGUGGGGAACUACACCACCUCCCUGUGUCUGUGUAUAGUGGGUGUCUUCAGGAAGUACCACGCCUACCUCCUGGUCUCCCCAGAGCUCACUGUUGUAGCUUUUGAAGGGUUGAUCAGCGUAGUGAGAAAGAUCUGUAACCCUUCAGACUGUUCAUCCUCAGAGAGGUGUAUUUUGGCUUACCUGUAUGAUGCCUACACCUCCUGUAAUUACCUCAAGGACAAGUUUUGUGACAUGUUCAGUAACCCGUACAGGAAGAUGAAGAUGACUCUGUAUGCCACCAUCACCCCCUCCGCCUCCAACAAACUCUGGGAUCCGUGUUUUAUGGUGGACUUCAUGCAGCAGACCAACAUCAAGAUUCCACUUGAUGAUGGUGUCAUCAAUGACCUGCGAGAGAACCCUGCCCACCGUUACAGCUUUGUUUGUAACGCUAUGCUACACAUCUGUAACACACAGGAUACAGACAGACUGAAUGAGAUCUCCAUUCUGUGUGCUGAGUUGACUGCCAGGUGUAAUGCCCUCAGCUCCGAGUGGUUAGGCGUUCUACAGGCCCUCUGUUUCUCCUGUGCCAACAGCUGUGGAUUCAUUGACAUUCUCACACAGAUUGAUGUGAGUGACAUGUCAAUCCACGACUCCCUGGCCGUGUUUACUGCCAUUCUCAUUGCCCGCCAUUGUUUCUCCCUACAAGAUCUGGUUGUUCAUGUUGUCCUGCCCUCAUUGCUAUCUGCAAGACCCACUGCCAGUGGGGACCAGGAUGCAGAAAACGGAGCACGGCUCACCUGUCACAUCCUGCUGAGGCUGUUCAAGACUUCAGACAUGACCUUGACCUCACCUGGUCUCAGACCGGGAACUAAAGGUCAAUGUAACAUCAAGAGGUCUUGUGACAAGCACCUGCUGGCUGCCGCCCAUGACAGUAUCACAGUGGGCCCUGUGUUAGCAGUCCUCAAGGCCAUGCUGGUGCUCAGUGAUCUGUGUAGUGAUGAGAUGAGGACCAAGUCUGGGUCCAGCAGUAAGAAGGAGGACAAGGAGGACAUCUUCCACAGUCUCCUCAGCAGUAUUGAUGAUGAGGAGGACAUGCAUAUGAUCAUGGGGCCAUCAAAGAGGAAGCAUGGCAUGGAGAGUGCCGGUCUGAGUGACUUUGCCAGACAUGCUCUGAAGGAGAUGUGUAAGCAGGACUGGGUGCAGGAAAAAUUCCUCAAGGACCCCGAGGGAGUACAGAGCUCAGACCUCCUCCUGGAUAACAUGCUGUCCAAUAAACAGGCCCAACAGCUACUCCAGAUGAUCUGUUACCCUAACGGAGUUCCGAACCAGGUGGAUGGAAGUGAGCCAGAGGUGAAGCAGAUAAUCCAGAGAGUCCUACAGAAUCUGGAUAUGUGGGGGCUUCGUGUUUCCUUGCUAGAACUCCAGCUCCUGUUUAAACAGGCAACCACGCAGGCGGACACUAAUGUUCUGCUGGACAACAUAGCCAGAGGAACCAUUGAUUUGUUUCAUCGUCAGACGGAGACCACCAAUCGGCAUCUGGAACUGGACUCCAGUCAGCAAAAACCUGACCCAGAUGCCAUAUGGCUGGUGGGCCCCUUGAUCUCAAAACUGCCCAGUCAGGUCCAGGGUAGAGUGCUGAAGCUAUCGGGGCAUGUGUUGGAGAGUGGGAACAACUUCCAGUCCAAAGGUCGUGACAAGGAGAGGAGUCAGCGGAGUAAAUCCCUUUUGAGUCACCAACCUUUCCUUUGCCUGAUCCUGACUUGCCUGAAGGGACAGGAUGAGCAGAGAGAGGUUUUGCUAAACUCCCUGCUGUCUCAAAUGGAGAGGUUCAUCAACAAUUGCAAGGAGGCGCUGGAUAAAACUCCAGAUGAAUUCAAAGUACGGGCAAACAUUCAUGAAGCUUUAUUAUUGAAGUUGUCCCUGGUAGGUGGAAUGUUUGACACCAUACAAAGGAACAUGUCCAACACAACAGACUGGGCCCAGCUUCUGCUUCAGUUAGUCACUAGUGGGAUUGUCGAGACACAGUCCAACAAUGAAUUGUUCACGGUCCUGCUGGAUAUGCUGUCAGUCCUCAUUCACGGAACACUGGUAACAGAAGGGUCAGACAAAAGCGAGGAUAUAAAUAAAAUGUACAUCAACCUCAUCAAGAAGCUCAGGAAAGAACUAGGAGACAAGCAGUCAGAUUCCAUUGACAAAAUCCGCCAACUUCUUCCGAUACCCAAACGUUUCUUUGAGGUGAUGAGUUGUGAAGCUCACGGUACACAAAUGGACAGCAAAGGCAACAAGUAUGAUGGAUUCGGCAAGAAAGAGGGAUUUCAAGUGGCCAAAAAGGAGAAGAUAAGUCCAUGGGAAGUGAUUGAGGGCUACAAGAACCCACCUCCUCUGUCCUGGCAUUUAUUUGGGGCAGUCAAGCAGGAGAAAAAACCUCUGAAAUACGAGGAUCAGCACAGAAUUCUGUUGUUUCACACCCACUCCCUGCGCCAGCCCUUGGCUCAUUUCUUGGAUCCACCCUCACUGCCUCCAGAGGAUCUGGAACCAGUGCCGGAAAAACAUGAGGAGAAACCCAAAGAAGCCAAUGAGAACCAACACCCAGAUAUGAGCAAGAAAAGAAAGCCCCCCAAAAAAACGAAGCGCUCCAACAGUGGUAGUGGACAGGGGGGCUACAAUAUACAGCCCACUGUACGCCAGUAUCCGACCUCAGCAAACUGGUACCCGACUCAGACCCAGCAACAUCCACAGUUUUAUGGAAACCAACCAAUGUCAGCAGGUCCCCGCUUUGAAGCUCCUGCUUAUGGUAUGCCAGGGUUGACACCAUCAAAAAUGGCCCUCCAACAAAUGAUUCGAACUCGCCACCCCGGCAACAUGCACCAGUGGUCAGGCUCAAACCAAAAUUCCAUGCAGGCAUUGCAGAUGUUGCAGAAGCAACACAGCCAUCGCAUGGUUCGGCAACAGAUAAGGCAGUCUUUUCAGAACCACAACCGUGGUAUGACAACGGAUGGGGGACAGGGCAUGUUCUCGGGGGGCAUGCAUUCGAUGAACCAGUCACAAGUGGGAAUGUCACAGAACUACGCCCCUUCCUACAACAUUCCUCAGCAAUCCAACAAUAUGGAUCCCUCUAUGAUGGCCCAGGGAAAUUACAACCAGUCCUAUAAUGGGGCACAGAACACAGGAAUGAUGCCCCAGGGUGGAUUCAUCCCUCAACAACAGCCAGCUCAGCAGCACUUCAGCCAGCAGCCCAGUCGCAUGAUAGUACCAAGCCAAAUGCAGACCCCUCAGAAUACAAUGGGGACCGGGAGUUCAAACUACACCCAGAUGGGUCCCACUGGCAUCCCUCAGAGCACCUACAUGCAGAACAUCCCUGGUCCAACCAAUCCACAGAUGCAGCAACAGAUAAGACAACAGAGACUAAUGGCAAUGAAAAGACAGUCUAUGAGCAACCCUGGCCAGCAACCUGGGCCUCCACAGCAACAGAAUGCUGCUCUGAUGGCCCAGAUGCAGCAACAAAUGGCACCCAACCAGUAUGGGAACUAUCCCAAUCAACAGCGCUUUUAAUGCACUAGGUGGUUCCUCUAAUUAGACAGAGAACAAAAAAAUGUAUUGACCACAGAUUGUUAGGGUAAUCCUGCCUCUUGUUUUGUUAAUGACCAAAGAUCAUACUCACAAUUUUAGGGUUGAAUGUGUCAGAAUAGUUAACUGUAGUCAAACUUGACAUAAAAGACUGAAUGAGUUGAUUCGAGUAAACGAAAUGGUUUAGUGCACAUAUUUGCCAUGUACAUAUAUAUCAGAACUAAGAUAAGCAUAUUAUGUAUUACAAAUAUGGAUUGAGAGAGAUAUAAGUGGGUUACUGUAUUUUGUAAUUUGUCAUAAAUUGCAGGUGGUUGUAAAUUUACACUCAGUAUUCACUAAAAGAUGAUUCUAAAUCAACUUCAGUUCAUGACUUCAUUUUUCAAUUGACCAGUGAAAAUCUGGUUUGCAUCAACUUUACAAGAUACAGAUACAUUCAUGGACAGGUUUGAGGCAAGAAGGACAAUGAGAUUCCUGUUUCUUUCACAUGAAUAAUGAAUGUGGUAUUUUAUAUAGAUCUUUGUACAUUUUUGUUGUACAGCAUUCUCCCUGUCUCAAUGAACCGAUUGUUGUUGCUCAGUAACUAGAGAAAGAAUGAAUUGUAAUUUUGAUUUCUGUAAUUACAAUACAAUGUGAAGUGCUUCAGAGAUAAAUGUAUUUGUAGCUUUCUUGUACCUAAAAUUUUAAAAUUACAAUACAUGUAGUUUGGUGUUAGGAAAUUGAUGCGCAGAAGGUAUUUUUAGAGUAAUUGCAUUCAUAUAAUAAUCAUGUGCUGUUAGUAAAUUUAAUGAAUAAUAUUUUAACAGUUAGUGAUUGAUAUUGUGUAAAAAAACAAAAUUAUUAAAAGUAUAAAAUACU